AUUUUAUUGAAUAUGGCCCAGUUGGUAGCUAAUUAAGCGUACUCCGAGUCCUCUUCAGUCUUAACUCACCCACUUCUCCAACUCUCCAAUUUUUCCCUAUUUAACUCUCUCAACAUCGACUCACUUUCCAACUCGCUCCAAUAUUUCUCUACCCCAAAAAAGAACAAAAAGGAAAAAGAACAAAAAAAUGGAUUUGGUUGACAUUUUACUACUCUUGGCGUCGGCCGUCUUCCUCCGCCUCUGGUGGCGCCACUUGUCAUCCACCAAAGGCCGCGGCCCAAAAAACCUCCCGUCGGGCCCACCGGGCUGGCCACUAGUCGGCAACCUCUUCCAAGUUAUCCUCCAACGGCGGCCCUUCAUCUUCGUGGUCCGCGACCUCCGCAAAAAAUACGGGCCCAUCUUCACUAUGCAGAUGGGCCAACGAACCCUAGUGAUCGUGACAAGCUCGGACCUAAUCCACGAGGCCCUCGUGCAAAAGGGCCCAAUCCUCGCGAGCCGGCCCGCUGACUCGCCCAUCCGACUCAUCUUCAGCGUGGGCAAGUGCGCCAUCAACUCGGCCGAAUACGGGCCGCUCUGGCGGGCCCUGCGCCGCAACUUCGUGACGGAGCUGAUCAACCCGGCCCGUAUCCGGCAGUGCGGGUGGAUCAGGAAUUGGGCCAUGGAGAAUCACAUGAAAAGGCUCGAGGACGAGGCCAGGCGGGCCGGGUUCGUGGAGGUUAUGGCCCACUGCAGGCUCACCAUUUGCAGCAUCCUUAUUUGCUUGUGCUUCGGGGUGAAGGUUUCGGAGGAGAGGAUUAAGGUAAUCGAGGCCGUGCUCAAGGACGUCAUGCUGAUGACGGCACCGCAGCUGCCGGAUUUCCUCCCAGUGCUCACGCCGCUUUUUCGCCGCCAGGUCAAGAAAGCCAAGGAGCUGAGGAAAAAACAGCUGGACUGCCUGAUCCCAUUAAUCAGAAACAGGAAGGCCUUUGUCGAGAACCCGGACGGGCCCACGGCAGCCGAGAUGGCGAGCCCAUUAGGUGCGGCCUACGUGGACUCUCUCUUCGGGCUGGAGCCUCCGGGCCGGGCCGGGCUGACUGAGGAGGAGAUAGUGACGUUGUGCUCGGAGGCCAUCAACGCCGGCACGGACACAAGCGCCACCACCCUCGAGUGGGCCCUACUCCACCUGGUCCAAGACCAGGAGAUCCAGGAGACGCUAUAUAAGGAGAUCGUGGGCCAAGUGGGGCCCAACGGGCCCCUCACCGAGAGCGACGUGGAGAAUAUGCCGUAUCUCGGGGCCAUUAUCAAGGAGACGUUCAGGCGGCACCCGCCUAGCCAUUUUCUGCUAUCGCAUUCUGCCACGAAAGAAAUCGAGCUAGGAGGGUACACGAUCCCGGCCGACGCGUACGUGGAGUUCUACACGGCGCACCUCACGGAGGACCCGGACAUGUGGCAGAACCCUAACGAAUUCCGGCCAGAAAGGUUCUUAACAGGGGACGGAGUGGAUGUCGACAUAACGGGCACCAAAGGGGUGAAGAUGUUGCCGUUUGGGGCGGGUCGGAGGAUUUGCCCCGCGUGGAGCCUCGGAGUCCUCCACUCGAGCCUUCUGCUCGGGCGGAUGGUUCAGGCCUUCAAGUGGGUCCCCAUACCCGACAACCCGCCCGACCCAACCGAGACUUUUGCAUUUACGGUGAUCAUGAAGGACCCGCUCAAGGCAAUAAUUUUGCCCCGGGCACAUGAAGGGUUUUGAUUUAUUGAAUAUUACUACAAAUGCCUUUUAUUUUUGUUAUUAUGAUUAUUGUUUUUGAGGAAAGAAAUUUGAGAAAUAUUGUUGGUACUUUUUUAUGAGGGUGAUUGUUGGAGGUCCUAAUGGAGUAAUUAAUAUUUAAUGGGUAUGGAUUUGGGUGUCUGGUUUUAUUUGUUGUGUGUGUCAGUGUGUGUGUGUAAGAGUUGGUAGAAGCUUUUAAUAUAUGAAAUUGUUUUUGAAUUUUGUGUAUUGGCAUUCAAUGUGAGAAGGAAAUGCAUGGUGAGUGAGAGG